GAACCGCUCCCGCUUGAGCAAUCUCCCGCCGGAAAUCAUUCCUCUGCGACCAAAAUGAGCGGGAAUCCCCAUCAAUUGAUCGACGCCCUCUCGGACCACAUCGCCCUCUACCACUCGUCCGUCCCAAACCAAUCGUCAUCUUCUUCCUCUUCCGCAAACCCUAGAAAUUCUAUACUCGACUGGUUUGCGUCCCUUACUGUCCAUCAGAGGCAGGCCGCCCUCACGAUCGUCGACCUCAGAUGGACCCGCCUACUUCUCCAGAUGCAGUCUCGCCUUCUUCGCAGCGGCCACGGCUUCUUCAUCAUCCUCCCGGACGUCCCAGUCGGCGAUCCACCGCUUCCGAGCAUCUGCUACCGGCGAUCGCGUGGCCUCCUUGCUAGGGCUAGCGUUUCAAGCUCGUCAGAGGAAAUCCUAGCUCGGAAUGUGCGCCUCUUCAGCUCCAGGGAAGGUGAAGGCGCGGUUGGAUUGUGUUCCGAGGUUGAUACGGUCACCGUGUCGGAGGAUUUUGUGAGGGAUUUGGAUGGUUUCGUGGCCGUGAUGGACGGAAUCUCCAACGGAGAGUUCUUGAGGACCACGACGGCCUCGUCCGCGGCGACAGAGUGGGAGGAGUUGCCGUGGUUGAAAGCGAAGGGGUACUACAGCGUGGAAUCCUUCUUGGCGAACAAGAUGGAGCUGGCUUUGAGGUUUUCGUGGGGAAAUUUGCGUGGGAAGAAGCGGGGAGUGAAGGUCAAAUCAGGGUCCAAUGCUGCUGGGAUCGUGGAAAACGUGCUGUCGAGGAAGAGAGGAAGCAUAGAUUGGUGGAAUGGCUUGGAGGGUAGGAUCAAGAAGCAAGUCUUCCAUAUGGUUUCCAAGAAGGCAGCUAAAGCAUUGGUUAUUGACGCUGUGGGUCGCCGAAAUAAUGUUUUGAAGGACACAAGAGGGUAUUAUAGCAUGGACGCAAUUGAAGUUCGACGUCAUCACACCUCUCCGACAUGGGACAGGACCGUUCGAUUGCUCUCCGGAGCAGACCCAGUCUUCUUGGAUGUGGCCUCAACCUCCCAACUGUCGUCCCCGUUGGCUAGCAUUUUUAGUGAAUUGUUUCUUCUCCAGGAGAUUUCUGCUUCAUUACUAGGCUGGCAACAUCAUGAGGUUGAGAUGGAAAAGAUUUUCUUUAGUUCUCUGUCUUCAAUACAUACCCUUGCAGACAAUGUGCUUAGGAGAAUCAGGGAUUUUCUUUUGCGUUUAUCGAGUGACUUUGUAAAGUUUGAACUUCUGGAAGAUGACAACGUGAAACCUCAGAUUGAUAAAUCCACUAAGAAGUCUGAUUCAGGCCAUGCGAAAGGAAAACGGAAAGGAAACCGAACAAAGUUUUCAUCUCAAAAGAAGCAGUCUCCUGUGGUUGAUGUUACCUCCGAGGAACAUGGGUGCAACCAUGGUAAAGUUCAGCAGGCUAUCUCGAUGCAAGCUCGCGCUACUAAAAGCACGAUUGAUGCUAGGACUCUACACACCGAUGAAACGGAGGCCACUUCAACUGUGCAAGCAGAGACGAAGCGUUCUGGGGGAUUAAUCUGUAAAGAAGCUCCUAUUGUUCGAUCGAAAGGAGGGAAGACAAACUCUAAGAAUAAAAAAAAUAAAUCAAAACCAAAAAUAUCUCCUGGUGGUACAAGUAAUGCUGAAGACAUUAUGGACAGGAAUCUGCAAUCAUCUGAAAGUGCUGCUACCUCCUCCAGAACCACUAGCGGGCAGAGUUGCCAAAUUCAGAAUGUGGCAUCAGUUGUUCCGCCUCGUAUUGAUGACCAUCCCCGUGAUAAUUCGUUGAAUGGCCAUAUUUCUCUAGAGUCAGUCAGAAAAAUUGAUGAAGGUUCCAAAUGUUCUGGUUCAAGCAUAACGAAUCCUUGUGGAGGGUCUUUAUGCAACUGCUUGUUCACAUCUGACUUGAGAGACAAAUCUCAAGCUGUGCUAGAAAAUCAAGGUGCACGAGAUUGUAAGACAAAAAGAAUCGGCUCGUUUUCUGAUAGAUACAAUAGCAAUGGAUCUGUCUUGGACAGAGGAGAUUCUUCAAAUAAUGUUUCUGUUUCAGCUGCAGAGCAGUCGGACGUGCUGUCAUGCUCUAAGAGUGACAUGCGUAAUAAUUUAGAUGAUAUGCCUGUCAUUCAUUUGCCAGUAUUAUCCUCUAUGCAUCGAAAUGCUUUAGAAAGUGUUGCUUCAGCUAAAGAAGCUGUGUUUAUUAAGGCGAAUAAUGAUGAGAAUUGCCACAAAGAAAAUGCAGGAUGUACUGGAAGCAUUUCACAUGAGUGGCCAAGUGUAUCACAUUUUCCGUCCCCAUCCAUCAAUUCACGGUACCUACCAGCUUCUACAGAUGGACUACACUUGGAAGUGGGGCAUAACUUGAAAAAUAAUUUCCCUUCUUGCACCAUGUCUAUGGAGUACCAGCAAAAUAACUCUAUAGUUGAAGAUAACAGCAAAACUGUGUUCUCACAAAGUCGUGCAGUAAGUUUAGAUUGGCCUCCUGCAGUUAGAAGCAAUAAUGGGUUAAACCCACCUUUGACAUGUUUAGAUUGGCCUCCUGCAGUGAGAAGCAAUAAUGGGUUGAACCCACCUUUGACAUAUAACUUUGAUUCUGUAUUUAUCCCAAGGUUGCAGCCUUCUUUUCACUCAGGUUUUGCAACUUAUGGAGCACAAUGUAAUAUUGCAAAAGAUGAUGAUGAUAAAUAUUUUAUGGAUGGGAUGGACUAUUUUGAAUCAAAAAGUGUAGAUAUGGCAGAUGAUCUUGAAGGGCAUUGGCUUUCUGAAGAAGAAUAUGAAACACAUAAAAUUUCUGACAGGGAUUACAGCCAAUUUUUUGGUGGUGGUGUGAUGUACUGGAAUACAUCUGAUCUUACUGGCACGGGAUUCUCAAGACCUCCAUCUCUUAGUUCUGAUGAUAGUUCUUGGGCACGACAUGAAGCUGAUUUGAAUAGAGCAAUAGAUGAAAUUGUUGGUUUGCCUAGCUUAUCUUGUUCAUAUGGUGCCAAUGGUUUGGCUUCUCCACCUGCUUCUCCAUUGUAUACUUCAUUUGAUUUUUUGGGAUCUGAACUUCAGUCUGUUGGUUUUGCUAUGCCAGUGAAUGAGGUUAGUGGAAUGAUGCACCAUUCAUCUUCUACAAUUCCAGAAGAAGAGAAGGUCUCUGGGUCGUCAACAAGUCCAACUGUUGGUUCUGGAGAAGGGAUGCCAAGGGAUGCACUGCCUUGUCCUUUAUUGCGCCCAAUCAUUAUUCCAAAUAUAUCAAGAAGGAGCAUGAUAAGUCUUGAUCACAGUAGCCCAUGCAUGCCUCGCAGCCGGAAGGAUUAUCCUCGUAUUAAGCGGCCUCCAUCACCUGUAGUACUUUGUGUUCCACGUGCUCCACGGCCUCCCCCUUCUCCUGUUGGUGAAUCCAGAAAGCAGAGGGGCUUCCCCACUGUGAGAUCUGGAAGCUCUAGCCCUAGGCAUUGGGGUAUGAAAAAUUUGUAUCCUGAUGAAAGGUAUUUUGAGGAAGGUAAUAUUUGCGUCAAUGGUGCAGAAGUUUUUUGGCCAUCAUGUGCAGGCAAGUCCCUUACAAGCACAACAUUGAUGCAACCUGUACCUGAUUCUUUGCUACAAGAUCGCUUAUUAUCAAUCUCACAGCUGUCUAUGGAUCAGGAACAUCCCGAUGUUACAUUUCCGCUGCAGUCUCUGGAGCUACAGAAUUCUCCUGAACUUAAAACUUCUUUGGCUUUGAUGCAAGGUUUUCUUCAUGAAGAAAUUGAUUUUUUCUGCAAGAAGAUUGGUACUGUGAAUAUGAUGAGAAAGCCCCAUAUUAAUUGGGCUGUCAAAAGGGUUUCUCGAUCUCUUCAAGUUCUUUGGCCACGUUCACGGACAAAGGUAUUUGGUUCAAAUGCAACAGGUCUGGCACUUCCCACUAGUGAUGUGGAUCUGGUUGUAUGUUUACCGCCUGUACGAAAUCUGGAACCCAUAAAAGAAGCUGGGAUUUUGGAGGGUCGAAAUGGUAUCAAAGAGACAUGCCUUCAGCAUGCAUCAAGGUACCUUGCCAACCAGGAGUGGGUUAAGAAUGACUCUCUUAAGACCAUUGAAAACACAGCAAUACCUGUUAUCAUGCUUGUUGCUGAGGUACCAGAGGAUCUUAUCUCUUGUAAUGGGAACACUUCUGUUCAAGAAUCAGGAGGAGAUGGAGCACAAGUAUCUCCUGAUCAAGGGACUCCUGUUGGUAGUGAAUUUUCAAAUUCAGAAAAUUUGGCGUCAUCCACUUUUGUGCGAAUAGAGCCUAGUCAUGAUAUUGAUAUGAAAUCUAUACGGUUGGAUAUCAGCUUUCAAUCACCAACACAUACUGGGCUUCAAACUACAGAGCUGGUUAGGGAGCUGACUGGACAAUUUCCUGCAGCUAUUCCUCUUGCUCUGGUAUUGAAACAGUUCUUGGCUGAUCGCAGCUUAGAUCACUCUUACUCAGGUGGUUUGAGUUCAUACUGUCUGGUUUUGUUGAUUAUACGGUUUCUUCAGCAUCAGCAUCACAAGUCCCGACCUGUAAACCAUAAUUUAGGGAGCCUCUUAAUGGACUUCUUUUACUUUUUUGGUAACGUGUUUGAUCCACGUCAGAUGCGUGUCUCGAUAAGAGGUAGUGGGCUUUAUAUGAACAGAGAAAGAGGGCAAAGCCUUGAUCCAUUGCAUAUCGAUGAUCCUCUUUAUCCUACAAACAAUGUUGGUAGAAACUGUUUCCGAAUACAUCAGUGUACCAAGGCCUUUUCUGAUGCAUAUUCCACUCUUCAGGAGGAGUUAUUGCAUCUCCCAGCUUCUGAUGAUCCAAGGACGACACCAUCUUUAAGGUUACUUCCAAUGAUCAUCCCAAGCAUCAAAUCAUUUUUGGAGUGACCCAUCUGGGACAUACAUAUACUACUGCAGGUGAUGAUGACCAAUACCGGUUUUGCCUAGAGAAUGCACUGUCCUCUUUUGCAACAGGGACUGACAUUCUUGUAUUGGAUAUACCAUGGCAUGAAAUUCAUAGUCCAUAUCUUUGUCCAGAGGAUGUGGUGGGCCUGGUGGCAACUAGCUGCCGUGUAAUCAAGUCAUUGCCUUCCUAUAUCCUAUAUGAUGCUUCAGUGCAAAAAGUGAAUGGUCUAUAGGUCAAAGAUGAUGGCUGUGUAUCUGCAUCCAUCCAUUAAGUUGGUGUUGGCGAUGAUGGAUUUUUAUAUGGUUCUCAAAGUGAAUAUGAUCAUGUGCCUCAUGCUGGGUGGUGACAACAGUUUGCAAGUCGUGGCCGUUGUGCAGUGAGUCGUUUGGUAGAGUAAUUGCACGGUGUAUGAAUUAAUUUUGCAAGUGCGUUGGUCAAUGCAUUAUGACCUUUACAUUGGGCAGGGGAAGCUGGCAGCUAUCUGGAGACAAGUCACUUCAAAAGCAAGGUUAGGACUACCGAUGCAACUAAGAAUGAUGAGAACCACGGCCCAGGGCUAUGCAUAGCAUCACGGCAGCAUAUGUUCAGGAUUGACAUCGGCUUGGUCUAACCCAAGGUCAUUGGAAUCUCGAGAACUGAGCACAUGACUUUCUGGCUAAAACGUCAACUUAGCCAUUCGUGUGUGCUUGUACCACGCUGCCUGAGCUCUGCUCAAUCUUGAAAUUCUUAUUUAGAGGUGAUUUCUAGAGGCAUGAACGUCCAUUAAAGAAAUUAUGUAUCAAUCAUGUACUAAUUAUCAUUAAAAUGUUAAAGAGCUAGAUUGUUUUGUAUAUUUUCACUAAUAAAAUACUAAGACGGUAUCUUAAGCAUGUUUUUUUUCUCUAUUGUA